AAAACUGUUUUGUACCAACCUCUGAGAUCAUUGCUGUAGAAGAAACUGAACUUAACAAGAAACAGCGUAAUAUUGGCAAAUGGCAAAAAAUGGCAAAGCCACAUGCUUUCACAGUGUAUUAUGUGAAAAAAGCCCGAAAUCACCGCUGGCGGUGCAGUGAUGUGACGUUUUGGUGUGUUGAUGAGCAUUUGUGUAAUCAGUGGAUACAGGCACUGAAAGAAUUACUUGAAAUGCAGAAGUCUAGACCAAAGCAGUUACUUGUUUAUAUUAAUCCGUACGGAGGAAAACGACAAGGGAAGAGGAUUUAUGAACAGAAAGUUGCUCCACUGUUCAAUCUGGCUUCUAUCUCCACUGAUGUUGUUAUAACUGAACAUGCUAACCAUGCGAAGGACAAUUUAUUUGAAGUUAAUAUUAAUAAAUACGAUGGGGUUGCUGACAUUGCUGCUUCUCAAAGUCCGCUAGUAAUGGAGUCCCUGAACUUCACGGGGGCUGAAGGAGACAGCUUGGCAUAUUCAGUGCAUUGUGGUGACUGUCAGCCUCUGGAUGUCUCUUCUGUACAUCAUAACAACACAUUUUUGAAGUACUCUGUAUCACUGCUGGGUUAUGGUUUUUAUGGAGAUAUAUUAAAAGAUAGUGAAAAGAAGCGGUGGAUGGGCCCGAUAAGAUAUGAUUACUCAGGCUUCAAGACUUUUCUUACUCAUCAUUACUAUGAAGGAACAAUUUCAUUUCAACCAGCAAAACACACACUGGGAUCUCCACGAGAUAAAGAUAGCUGCAGAACAGGCAACUUCCAGUGUCCGUAUGCACGACAGGCAGUUGGAAUGAGCGCCGUUUGUACUCUCCCUGCUUAUGAUCGCUCUAUGGUACGGCAGAUACUUUGGGUGGAUAAUGCGCGGUAUUACAGUGACGCACCCUGCAGAAUGGCUAUGAAAACAGUUGGUCAUUUAAAAUGCGAAGAUGAAGAAGAAUGGAAGGUUAUUAAAGGGAAAUUUCUAGCCAUUAAUGCAGUAAAUAUGAGCUGUGCCUGUCCACGAAGUCCAAAAGGUCUUUCACCAGCAGCUCAUUUGGCAGAUGGUUCAGCUGACCUCAUUCUAGUUCGUAAAUGCUCCAGAUUUGAUUUUCUACGGUAUCUUGUCAGACAUACGAACCAAGAUGAUCAGUUUGACUUCUCAUUUGUAGAUGUUUAUCGGGUGAAGAGUUUUCAAUUUACAUCAAAGAUUUCAGAAGACAACGAAAGUAACGUCACGGACAUAGGAAAGAAACGUUUUGGCCAGUUCUGCAGAGAUCAUCCAGCCUGUUGCUGUAAUAUUGCUAAUAGCACCUGGAAUUGUGAUGGAGAAACUCUGGACAGUUCAGCAAUUGAAGUGAGGGUUCACUGCCAGUUAAUGAAACUGUUUGCAAGGGGAAUCGAGGAAAACUGUAAAGAAGCUGCCUACAGCCAGAGGUUUUGUGACUGUUUGGAUGAUACCAAAUACCACACACAGCAACUGAAAUGUCUGCAAGCAACUCGCAGGGAUACUUACAAUACCAGGAAGGAAGGCAUCUCUGCUGUCUUCCUAAUGACUGAGAAGCACACACCAGGUCACGAUGAGCCCUGCAGUGCCCUUUCUCCUGACGUUGAACUGAUGGCAGCACCAACAGACUUUGGGCCACGUGAAGGUGCAAUCAGAAAACAUCCAUCAGGAAAUGAGGUUGCCAUUACCUUUGAGAUAAGGCCACAGAUGUUUUAG